AUGCUUCAUGCCUUCCUCGGGGGUUACAAGGUGGACUGGUCACAAGUCAUUUUCACUCAUCUUCGCCACACCAUCAUACAUGGGCGUUCCUCACCAGGUGAUAAUACCAAAAAGUCAAGUGGUCAUUCUUCACCAGGAGAUAUUUCUAAAAAGAUGGGCUUCGGCUUUCUGGUCAGCCAUCUUCUUUCCAUGAAGAAAGUCCCUUUACAAGCAGGAGUCUCGCCGGGACAAAAGGUGUGCCACAUGAAGUCAAAACCUGCUGGCUAUGACAAACAGAAAGCUCUUGAACUUGACUUACCUUUGGACUCACUAAAGAAAUCACGAAAGUCCAAACGAUCAAAAGGAAGCGAUGAUGAAAUGCCAAAGGCCAAGCGAUCACGAAAGGACAAGAGCUUUUCCGUACUUGAAACAAAGGAGCAAUCCAUGGCUCAACCCGAAGCUCUACCGAAAGCUGCUGACACUGCUCAGCCCGUCACAGAGACGAAAGCACUAUCACCUCCACUCGCCGAACAAGAAGUUGUCACGAAAGAAGUCUCUCAGAAUACCCCACAAAUGUCCUCAACCGAACCUGUCAUCAUAGAUGAUUCCACCAAAGAAGAAGAAGCUCCACACUCUACCCCUGUGAAAACAUCAAAAAACCACCCUCGGCCCACCAUUGCCAAAGCAAACGAAAUUAUGGCGAAACUAACUCCACCUCCUGAAUCAAUAUUACCAUCCACACUAAAGAAGAAACUUGCAUCUUCUCAGGGGGAAGAAAUGAAGAAAAAGAAAUCGAAAAAGAGAAAGAAGAGAUCGAAGAGCACCGAAAGAACGAAGAAAUCACCCUUGCCACAAGAACCCAUCCAAGCAGAGCAACUGAACACGAGUUUGACACAAGAACCUGCCACGACGAAAAAGGAAGCUCAAGGAGCUCUCGUUCUAUACGAUCACUUAAGUCUCCCACAAGAACCUGGCAUGCCAGAAGAGACGAGAGAAGUGAUCGCUGAUCAAAACUCAACUCUUGAAGAAACAUCCCUCCCACAAGAACCUACCCGAACAGAGCAGAUGGCUCUCAUUCUGACACAAGAACCUGUGAGGGUAGAAGAUGAAGAAGCUGCACAGCAGAUUUCGGGUCACUUAAGUCUCCCACAAGAACCUGGCAAACCAGCUGAGACGAGAGAAGUGACUCCUCCGAUUGAAUCCCAUCCGAAUGAAGCUCAACCCGAACCUGAAGUCUUGCCCGAAACAACAAUACCUGGAAGUUCUCAAGCAAUUGUAACAGUACCAGAAGCUGCACCAAUUCCCCCAUCAAAGGAUCAAUUGCUUCGGGAAUCUAUUGAGAAUGACUUCAAUAGGGUCAUGCAAUGGCAAAAAUGGCGCACCUCUCCAUUACAUACGUUUCUUGAAACAUUUGAGGUAAUGAAGGAUGAAGAAGAGUUUGCCUUAGAGUGGAUCGGCACUAAAGACGUCUACGAAGCAUUGCGUCUUGAAACCAUCAGACGUGUGUACUCCUACAAAGUGACCCAUCGCACUCUCGGGAAUGAAAAGGCACCCAUCUGCAUUGAGCUCAAUAAGCCACCAUUGGAUCCAGCUUUCGUUGAAGAGAUGAAAGAACUUCGAUAUGCCUUACUCCAAUCCAAAAUCAAAACCGAACGGGAACAAACUCAUCAGAAUAAUCUGGCAUGCAAUGUCAGCGGAUUAAAAGAUGAGGAAGGAAGGGAUAUUGAUCCCGAAGAUGAGGAUAAUGACAAGAACUCCAAUUCGGGUGAACAUGCUGCAGAAGAUAAGGAUACUGAUGAAGAUCCUGAGAACCAAGAAGAUGAUGAAGCUGAUGAUGACAAAUCAGAUGAUGCGCAGGAUGACUCUCAUAGAGAUGAUGGUGAUGAUGAUGAUAAUGAUGAAGGAAAAGACGAUAACCAUAAUCAUGAUGAUGAUUCAGAUGAUGGUGAUGACGAUGAUGAUGGCAACUCAGACUAUGACAAUGAGUCUCCCAUCAUAGGCAACACUGAAGAUUUACCAUAA